CUGUAAUUAAAUUUAUCGAGUUAAAUUUUAAAGUGACUUUAUUUAACAUUCAUAAAAUAGAAACGUUGAAAUUUGAAAUAAUUAAUGACUUUUGUGUGAAUAAUUUAUCAGCUUAAAAUGUCCUGAAAGCGUGUGAAUAUUUAACAACUUAUUUUAUUAACAGUCAUACUGAAAUAAAAUAAAUAAAUAAUGAAUUUCUUUCCGUACCUCGAUGAAAAGUUAAAUUAUCAGUUAUAUUUGCUGGUUUACGGUCACCACAAAGUAAGUUGGUAUGAAAAAGUAAUAUCAAGAAUACAAGAGCUAAUUUUAUCGACAAAUCAAUUGAAAAAUUAUGAGCUAUCGAUUUUACUGCUACUUGCAAUUGGACUUAUUAUUUUAAUUGGAUAUGAAAUAUUUAAAAAAUGUUUUACUACUUUGAUUUCACGCAAUCAAACCGAAGCUCAACCGGUUGAAGAAAUAAAAUUUUCUUGCGAAGAAAAUAAUGAAACUAAAGAGACAUGCGGUCCGUCGACGAUCUGCGAGGCCCAGGAAAAAUUUAAUUGUCAAAUGAUGCAGCCAAGUCAACAAAUUCCUUAUGUUAUCCACUGUGAAGGCUACAAAAAAGUCUACGUGUUCACAUUUGACUCGGAUGAUCUGCCGGUAGAAAUAUCCAGAGAAUUAAAUAUCCAGAAUGGAAAUUUUAAUUGCAAAAAAUACGAAGCGCAGGAUGAAGUACAGGAAGUCAUGAUGCUUCUUAUUGAUAAAGUGUUGAAUAAUUUGAGCAGUCGGAAUGACUGUCAGUCUGAUGAACUUUUGAGCAUUAACCCAAUUUCUCCCAAUACUGUCUUGACCCAAGAAAAUAUUAAUCAACUUAAAUAUUUAUACAACCAGUCGCGUAUUUACAAAUUAAAACCAGCGUCGAAAAUUCCAUUGCUGCUUAAAUCUUACAAACAGAAACAGUUUUACAAAAAUUAGAUCAAGUCUGGUGAUUUAUUUGAAUUACAGCGAAAUUAUUUAACAUUUUACGGUAAUC